UCCCUUAGCAAACUUCUUAGUGUUUUAAAAAAUUUAAGUCAAAUUUAUAUUCGUAAGAAAGCUUUACGUAUAUUUAGGUACAUGAAAUAUCUUUAUCCGUACGAAUGUGAAAAAGAGAAAUUAAGCACACCAGAAGAACUGCAGUCAGCCAUUGAUGGAAACAGGAGGGAGAGUAGGCGGUCGAAUUAUGGCCCUUAUCCAGAAAUGGUUAGUAUGCCGAGAAAUUCUCAUCAUCUCUCACCUCUGAGUUUGGUAUCACGACAAGUCAACGGUCACAGUUCAACUCAGGGCAUUAACUCUUCUGGUGAAGAAGACAAUUGCAGCAUCCCUUCGACACCUACCCAUAUAACGAUGCCUCAGCAAGAAGCACUAAAUUUAGAGGUGCCGAGGAACAUAGAUCAGAGUAGUAAAUCAAUAGACACAACAUCGAGGAAAUCUGUAGAAGAAAGUUCUCCUCCCCCUAAACGUUUUUUGUCAGACGAAGAGCGGCUUCUCAAUCAAGCCGGUGUACCCAGCGCUCAUAUAAAAAUUUCCAGUCGAGGCGACGGCCGAUCUCAAAUAGAUAGUUCUUUGGUGGUCAGUAUGGAAAUCAAUGGCAUUAUGUAUCAAGGUGUAUUGUUUGCUCAGUCCCACAGAAAUCGCAUAGCGUGAACUGUCCAGUGUUUCUACAAUAUACACCACUAGUGCCUUGUCUCCGUAGGAGACCGUAAAGAGCCAAGCUGACAAGAACAAAGUCCUUCUCAAGCCAUCAAAUACUGUAAAUUUACAUCAUGCAGGCAAUCAAUAGGAUCUCAAGAUCUGAUGGACAAUGUGUUAAAAACAUGGAACUGCUCUUUAAAAGUUAUAUGCUAAUAUGAUAUAUCAGGAUGGUGUUCUAAAUAUUUGUGUCAAUUGGAAUUGUUGAAAUGCUUGAAACGCACGAGCUUAACCUUCAAGGCUCUUCAGAUUACAUCUGAAGUUAAGUAGAGGACAUCGGCAAGAACGAAAACAGAGACUACGCCACGUCUUCUAUUUUAAAAACUCCAUCAGCUUUUAAGACCAGUAUUCAAUUUUAUUUAGCUCAAAAUCUUAAUAUUAUUUUAACAAAAAAAAUAAUUCAUCGAACGAUUGUUGAGAAUUUUUUCUCUUAUCUCUUUUAAUAUUUGCAACUAACCUCCAGACUAACUUUACCCACCGUUGCAACUAAUUUUAAAAUUGUGUUCAAACUUACAUUCCUGCAAGAACCAAUAUGGUUGAUAAAAAAUGGAUUUUAACGAGGAUUUUUCAUCGUAUUUUCCGAACGAAUUCGAAUGAAAGCAAAUUCAAUACAACAAAGUUGGCAUCUGUCCUUCAUAAUCUACUGGUAUUAUCGAUGAUCUUUUGUAGAUACAUAACUGUCAUAGUAUUACAGUCUAUAUACCAGUAGUAACUCAAACAUUGUUUAAAUAUUUUUGCAGGUGAAGACGUCAGACUCUUGUACAGAAUUAUGGGAUUUGCCUCUCAUUAUUUUAAAAUAUUGCUUUUCCUAUUAUUUUCAUCGUGUUCAGACAAGUUUUGUUUGU